CGAGGACUACGUACGUAGAUGCCUUCAUGAGCGUCCUUUUAGCUUUCAUAAGCCCGUGUGUGUAUUUGUGGAAACGCAACCUCGUCCUUACACUAACACCAUCAUCUUGAUAGCCUCUAAAGUCAACAAGGCACGAAAAACUGUUCAAUCGUGAGUGUGUCCCCCGAUUAAGUUCAUUGAACCAUGUUUGCCUUCCGCAACGCAUCCCGUCAAAUCUCAUGCGGGCUUCCGAUUCUGGCGGGUAGACGGUGGCAAUCCUCUUUAGGUUCGGCCACCUUCACCGAACUCCCCGAAACACAUCAAAUGCUCAAAGAUACGUGUCGUCAAUUCGCCGAGGCUGAGCUUUGGCCCAUUGCCGGAGAGAUUGACAAGACCCAGGCCUUUCCCACUAAACAGGUGAAAGCAAUGGGUGACCUUGGGCUCAUGGGUAUCGACGUGCCGGAGGAGUUGGGUGGGUCAGGUUUGGAUGCCUUGGCCUACGCUGUGGCCAUGGAGGAAAUCUCCAGAGGUUGUGCCUCAUGCGGUGUCAUUAUGAGUGCUCAUAAUUCGUUGUAUAUAGGGCCUUUGAAAUAUUUUGGGAAUUCAGCUCAACACGAGAAAUAUAUUGCUCCUUUCGUGGAUGGAUCCAAAAUUGGUUGUUUCUGUUUGUCGGAACCCGGAAAUGGUAGCGAUGCCGGAGCGGCCUCUACCACUGCCAAAGAUGAAGGCGAUUCGUGGCUGCUGAAUGGAACUAAGGCUUGGAUUACCAAUGCCCACCAAGCUGAGGGCAUCAUAGUUUUUGCCACGACGGAUAAGAGUAAAAAACACAAGGGCAUCAGUGCGUUCGUGAUACCCGCCCCAACUCCAGGACUCUCUUUGGGUAAGAAGGAGGAGAAGUUGGGGAUCAGAGCGUCUUCUACGAGCAAUGUCAUCCUGGAAGAUUGUUCCAUUCCCAAAGACCACUUGUUGGGUGAGGCGGGAAUGGGAUUCAAGAUUGCCAUGCAAACUUUGGAUUGCGGUCGCAUCGGGAUUGCCGCCCAAGCGCAAGGCAUCGCGCAAAAUGCAUUUGAUACGGCUAUCGACUAUUCUGCUAAACGACAAUCAUUUGGUGCCUCCAUAAGCAAACUCCAGAUGAUCCAACAGAAGAUUGCAGAUAUGGCUUUGCGGUUGGAACAAUCCAGACUUCUUUUGUAUAAAGCUGCUGCCUUGAAGGACGAAGGCAAAUCUUUCACCAAGGCCGCCGCCAUGGCCAAGCUCUCGUGCUCGGAAACAGCCACGUUUGUCGCUCAUCAGAGUAUUCAAGUGCUCGGUGGGAUGGGAUACGUUUCAGAUAUGUCAGUGGAGCGCAACUACCGAGACGCCCGAAUCACCGAGAUCUACGAAGGAACUAGCGAAAUUCAACGACUUGUUAUUGCCGGAAAUGUGCUGAAAGAGUACGGCUUUUAGUUGGUGAGCUUUGACCACAGAACAGAUCUAUUUUUCAAGAACCCAAGACAAUUGAAUACGACGAAAUUGAAAUGAAAUAGAUGGAAGUAUAUAUUGACCGACAAAAUUA